UAUUUUACAGAUGAGGAAAGGUUAAGCAAUUUCAUAUGGUUAUACUGUUGGUGAGUGGAGAUCUCAAUCCCGAAAAAUAGACUUAAAACUUAUGCACUCUAGCCAUUUUGGUGGUGUGUCUUUAUUGUGGUCUUGCUGAAUGAAUGGUAUGUCUCAUCUUUAAUGUUUGGGUUACAGAUUAUUAUGUAUUUAUACUUUUAAUAAAAGACUAAGAAAUGUUCACCUGUGGGAUUUUUUUUUCAAACAAUGAAAAAAUAAGUUUCUCAGCAAGCUAAAUGUUUUGAACAACAACUUCCAUAAUUAACCACAGAUACUCAAAUUAUGUACUUACACUUGCCGGGGCUUUUGAAAAAAAUGCUGCUGGUUUUGAAAGACUGUGAUGUGUAUUAUGUCUUUAGACAGAUUUUGUUUGUAUUGUUUUAAUUAUUAUUUGUUUCUUAUUUUUAGUUGAGUGGUGAUUUUAUGCAAUGGCUUCAAGCCACAGAUCUUCUCCAGUGCCUCAAGGAAGCAGCAGUGACGUUUUCUUUAAAAAAGAGGUAGAUCCAGCAAAACACAUUCGACCUGUGCAGUCACUGCCAGAUGUGUGUCCUAAGGAACCCACAGGUGAUUCAAAUAGUUUAUGUGUUGCCCCAUCUCUAGUUACAGAUCAACAUAGAUGGACUGUAUAUCAUUCCAAAGUAAACCUCCCAGCAGCAUUAAAUGAUCCUACAUUAGCAAAAAGAGAAUCUGACUUCUUCACAAAAACAUGGGGAUUGGACUUUGUGGACACUGAAGUCAUACCUUCAUUCUACCUCCCACAGAUCAGCAAGGAACAUUUUAUAGCAUAUCAACAGGAAAUCUCUCAGAGAGAGAAGAUCCAUGAGAGAUGCAAGAAUAUUUGUCCUCCUAAAGAUACCUUUGACAGGACUCUUUUACAUAUUCAUGCUUUUAGAGCAGAAUUGUGGUUGCAGAAACCUCAGUACUACACAAGAAGGGUGUACAUGGGCAAGAAAUGCAGGCUGUCAGUAGGGAUGAAUGUGAAGACUUGGGAUAAAUCCAGGACAGAUCUGGAACAAGUACCUAAGAUUUUUAUGAAACCAGAUUUUGCCUUGGACGAUUCCUUAACUUUUAAUUCAGUUUUACCAUGGUCUCAUUUUAAUACUGCUGGUGGGAAAGGAAAUCGUGAUGCAGCUUCUUCCAAGUUGCUUCAAGAAAAGCUGAGCCAUUAUCUGGAUAUUGUGGAAGUAAACAUUGCUCACCAGAUCUCUCUACGGUCAGAAGCAUUUUUUCAUGCAAUGACCUCUCAGCACGAAUUGCAGGACUACCUCAAGAAAACUUCCCAGGCUGUAAAAAUGCUUCGCCAGAAAAUCGCACAGAUUGAUAAAGUUAUGUGUGAAGGAUCACUACAUAUUUUAAGACUGGCACUUACCAGAAAUAAUUGUGUUAAAGUAUACAAUAAACUGAAGCUAAUGGCCACUGUACACCAAACUCAGCCUACAGUGCAGGUGUUAUUAUCUACUUCUGAAUUUGUUGGAGCAUUGGACUUAAUAGCAACAACUCAAGAGGUUCUGCAGCAGGAGCUUCAGGGCAUUCACAGCUUCCGGUAUGUCUGUUAAGUAAACUGUUAGAAGUAAUGCCAGAGAGGUUUCAAGGAUAAAUGUUUAUGUGCAGUGUUAAAAGUGUGGAUGUAUUCAAAGUGAAAUGUGUAUUUUUUCUUCCAGAUUGA